UGAGUAUAGGUCAAUGCAGGAAAGUAAUGGGAGUUACUAGAUCAAGGUGUUUUUGCACCAUGAUACCUGAUUGGUUGAUGUAAUAGUGACGUUAGGUUUAGGGGUGGGGUUGGGUAAGGGGGAUCAUUUAGAUUGCAUGAUUCAGAAACACCCAGCAGUUUGAAAACACCCACAUGGUGAUAAACGCCAACGUUUGCUCUGCAGAGAACUAGGGAAUCCAGUGAUGAGUGAUGAUAUAUAAUGUCUACGAUGAGGACGAGAAUGACAAGAUCGGCGGCGGUGAUGCAGGAAAAGAAAGCAUAUUGAUGACGAGCGUUCAGUCACUGCGCUCCAGUGCACAGACAUCAGACAGCUGUCAAAGAGCAGUACACUCAGCUUUCUGGACGAAAGAGACGCCACCGUGGAGAGUUAUACCGUGAGACUUUCGGUCAGAAGAGAGGUUUUGUUCCAAGCUCGGAGAAAAGAAGGUUCUCCUGCAUCGUUGCCAAGCUUUCGAGUUCAGAAGAGUAAUAAGGAUGUCAGUGUGCAGCCUGACAGUGAUUCUGGAGGCUCAGCUGAAGACGUUCUUCCUGACAGCGAUGAUGAUGAUGAUGAUGAUGACGACGACGAUGAUCUUCUUCCAUGUCAAGUUCAUCUGGGUCUUUAAAAACAAAAAGAGAAAGAUUCACCCCACACUCCUGGAAGAGUACAGGAAGAAGGUCCGAGCAGCGGAGAAUAAAAAAGUGACAAUGAGCCGGACGAUCAUGAGCGCAGAAUCGAGUUUGCAUCCAAACACAUGACUCUGAGAGAGCGAAUGGCUGAGAAGAUGGCGAGUGAUAGUGAUGAGAGUUUUUCUGAUAACCAGGAGGAGGAAGACCAGCAGAUGUGGGAAGAACAGCAGAUAAGAAAAGGAGUCAGAAGACACCAAAAGGAAUGCCAGGCUCCUAGACCAGCCCGACAGAAGAAAAUGAACAUCCCCAAAACACUUCCAACAGUCAGUAUUGAUGUCAUUAAGAAGAGAAUCAUUGCAAAACUAGUUUCAAUGAGGGAGGUGCACAGGGCGCGGGAGGCAGAGCUAAGGAGGAUGCAACUGGAUAUGGAAAUUGCCAGGAGCUCAUUGGAGAGCCUCGAAAGCCAUACCACAGAAGAGCAGCUGCGGUUCUACCGUACCAUGAAUGUGUUCUCCCGGAACCUACUGGAAUGCCUGUCUGAGAAGAUGGCUUUAAUAAACUCAGUUGAGCUGGACAUGCACAGUCUCUAUAUUGACCAGGCAGAGGUGCUGUUGAGUCAGAGAACAGAAGCACUAAAAGAGGAGUCCUCACAAAUUCAGAAGUUAACCUGUGAAGACUUUGAGGCAUUGCUGGGGUAAUCUGCUGUUGAGAGGUUCUGUCACGUUCAGGGUUGUGAAGAAUCAGAGAGCAUGGAUAAGACGACGCUGCCCAUCAUAAUUGAGAAGACAAUCCUUUCUAAGGUUCAAGGUUUUGUGGAGCUGGUGUGGGAUCCUCUGUCUGCGCAGCAGUCUCAAACCCUCACGACACUGUGCAAGAGAACACAGGAUGACUAUUCUGUAUUUGAUAGUGAACAAAGCAAACUUGUCAAGGCCUUUGUAGAAGCUGUUAUUCAGAGGUUAAGGAGUGCAGUAGACAACGACGUCUUUGUUCCACUGUACCCAAAAAAGUUUUUAGAGGAUAAACAGUCCCCACGGUUCCAGUUUAAGAACAAGCAGUUUUGGUCAUCAGUGAAGGAAACUUUUAUCUGAUGUGCUGUUUGUCCUGAAGAACAUAAAGGCACACGACAGUAUUAAGUCUAUAACAGAAAAAUGUCAUUGUGAGGAUCUGUUAAAAGCUCUCCAGUAGCAGUCAUGUUGUGUCGGCCAUGUUUUAAGGUGCCAAGUCACUAUGUAUAUGUAUGUAUAGUGAAUACAAUUUUAUUUUGGUCCA